CAGAACUUCAGUCAACGAUCAACUGCAGUUGGUGCGUGUUCGUUAGAUAUAUCUUAAAGUCUGAAAAGAAUUCUGUAAAAUGACUGGUCGUGGAAAGGGAGGAAAGGGGUUGGGAAAAGGAGGAGCCAAGCGCCACAGAAAGGUUCUUCGUGAUAACAUCCAGGGUAUAACCAAGCCUGCUAUUCGUCGUCUGGCUCGUCGUGGUGGUGUCAAGCGUAUAUCUGGCUUGAUUUAUGAAGAAACUCGUGGUGUCCUGAAGGUCUUCCUUGAAAAUGUUAUCAGAGAUGCUGUAACUUACACCGAACACGCUAAGAGAAAAACCGUCACGGCUAUGGAUGUGGUUUAUGCUCUUAAACGACAGGGUCGCACUCUGUAUGGUUUUGGAGGUUAAGAGGUGACAACAGUCGAACGUCUCGACUCGAGAAAAAACGGCCCUUUUUAGG